AUGGCUAGCCAUUGGUGGACCGUUGUUUAUGUGCAAGCGCUUCUGGUAUGUGGAUCGCUGAACACGAUUACCAUGAAGGUGGCCUUCACCAUGUCUGGAACUGCUGAUGGCUGCCAAGAGCGUUUCGAGAAGCCGUGGCUCAUGACCUUCAUCAUGUUCGUUUCAAUGACGCUCGCUUUGCCUUUUGACACCGGCAUGUGGAGGAAAAGCUCGCCCGAACCCCUCCUCGGUGGGCAGGUUACAGAUCGCUGGCGAGAGAAGGUGAUCAAAGUGAUGUACCCUGCAUUUUUUGACAUCUUGGCGACCGGGCUUUGCUGCAUGGGAUUUCUGUACAUCCCGGCCAGCGUGUGGCAGCUCCUCAGAGGUGCCGAAAUCGUUUUUGCUGCCAUUUUUGCUGUGACGUGCCUUCAUCGGCGACUUUACUGUUUCCAGUACAUCGGCUUGGUCUUCUGUGUGGCUGGCAUCCUUCUAGUGGGACUGGCCAGUGUGUGGGGUGACGACAUGGAGGCGGAGGCCAAGGGGAAGGACACCGGCAAUGUGCAACUGCUGCUGCUCGGAAUCUGCCUGGCACUGGCGGGCCAGGUGGUCCAAGCAGCACAGGCUGUGGCAGAAGAGUGGCUUCUGCGGGACGUCGAUCUACCGGGUCUACAAGUUGUAGGCUUCGAAGGCGUCUGGGGCGCACUGGCCAUGCUUGCGUUUGUGUUCCCGACCCUGUACAUGCUUCCUGGGCAAGACCAUGGACAUGCAGAAGAUGAGGUCAACGCGUACGAGCUGCUGAGGAGCAACCCUAUGCUGAGUGCCUUGAUGGGCUUGUACAUUUUCUCCUGCGCCACGUACAACAUCUCCGGAAUUGCAGUCACUGGAGCACUCUCUGCGGUGCACAGAGUGAUGAUAGAGGCACUCCGAACAUUGAUCGUUUGGGCCUUCGGGCUGAGCAUCCACUACCUUGCGGAUCCAACGUCGGCACUUGGCGAGGUCUGGACGCCUUACAGCUGGCUGGAGGUGGCUGGCUUCCUUCUCUUGGUGAUUGGCCAAGUGAUCUACGGAGCGAUGGUGAAGAUACCGCGGCUCUACUACCCACCGUCGGAGGAGAUCUCCCACGAUGUCGUAGCAUCACCUGGUUCCCUUCGAAACCUGACGGCCCUGCCGGAUGCCCGGCUUGUGAGCCCGGGCUCUCAUGAUGGCAGAGUGGCUGGUAGCCCUGUUGCGCUAAGCCCCUGA